CCUGACUCAGUCUCGUCCUCGGAUCGACCUGAUUCCUUUCCCGAAGCUUUGCCUUUAUCUUGCUCAAAGGGCAUCUUUACGACUGAAAAUGGAGACGAUUUCGGUACUUGGUUUCCUGUCACUUCCUCUCAUUGGGACACUAUAGUAUGCUCCUCUUCUUCGGAUCUUUCCACUUCAUUUUUGCCCAGAAGUAAAACGAGGUGGCGGCCGCAUCGGCUGCAUAGUCUUACGACUAGCGGUUGUGUUAAUCAAUUGGCCUUUGCGCACGGCGAUCCUACAGCCUGCAGACUGCCACAUCGGGCAGACAAACGCCGUUGCUUGGAGCGUGAUGCAGAGGGCGUUACAUUGCUUAUAGUAGGCUUGGCCUCAGGAUUGAUCGAAGUCUACAACAUAACCUGUCUCAGACAAAAAAAGUACAUACUUGAUAUGCGGUUGCCACCCGUACCCAAUCGGCCCCCGCCUGGCUUGGAUGGCGACGAACUACCUGCACAAGAAGUUCCCUUUGUAGCCUCUAAGCUGGUCCUUUUGGAUGAUCAUGAGGCUAUCCUUCGUCUAGCUGUGGCACCUGAUGGCAGCCUCCGUGUGGCUUCGGUCAGUAAUGGCGGCACAGUGCGUCUUUGGGACAUUUGGGAUGAUGGCAACAUGUACGCUAACCUAGGCCGUCAAUUUGCAGUUCUCUCUAGAACAAAAUCCGUUUCCCUUCCUGCUGUCUCAGCUUCGCCUUUAAUGACAGUGGCUAGUCUAGGCGAGGGUGCAUUGACGGAUUAUUGUUGUUGUGUGGCCUGGCACCCAGGCGGUGAGCAUUUGUUCAUCGGGGGGGAGAAGGGAUAUGGUCUGGUACUUGAGCAAUCUAAUCUGAAUUAUGUAACCUAA